AUGGAUCCCUCCUCUCUUACCUCUCACCCGUCCACCGCCGCCCAGGCAAAGACGUUCGUCGGACCUGGUUCUUUGUCCUACCCCAAUAACGGAGACUUGACACCGCCGACGUCCGAGAAGAGCGCGCAGCCUGACGGCAACAACGCGAACGGCGUUGCAACCCCAGCGGCUACACCCGAUACACAGAAUGGCCAAGUGCCUUCUGGAAUCGUGCCCACCCUGCAGAACAUCGUCGCCACAGUCAACCUCUCCGCUCGUCUAGACCUCAAGACCAUCGCUCUGCACGCGCGUAACGCUGAGUAUAACCCUAAGCGUUUCGCUGCGGUUAUCAUGCGUAUUCGUGAGCCCAAGACAACGGCUUUGGUCUUUGCGAGUGGAAAGAUGGUCGUCACUGGUGCCAAGUCUGAGGAUGAUAGCCGCCUUGCUUCCCGCAAAUACGCGCGGAUUAUCCAGAAGCUGGGGUUCAACGCAAAGUUCACCGACUUUAAGAUUCAGAAUAUUGUCGGCUCCUGCGACAUCAAGUUCCCCAUUCGCUUGGAAGGUCUUGCAUCUCGCCAUCACACUUUCUCGUCCUACGAGCCUGAACUCUUCCCCGGUCUCAUCUACCGCAUGAUGAAACCGAAGAUCGUCCUGCUUAUUUUCGUCUCCGGCAAGAUUGUCUUGACCGGUGCGAAGGUUCGUGAAGAGAUCUACCAGGCUUUCGAGCUCAUCUACCCUGUCUUGUCGGAUUUCCGCAAGUCCUGA